AUUCGCUUUCCAUUUUGCGGACAAUUCAGAGAGAAUAUAUUCUAAUCCCCAUUGUUUCUCUCGAUUUUCCACCAUUUUUCCACAGUAAGCUACACUUGAUUCCAGGUGGAGUUAGAGAUUGUAAUCGGUGUGAAACUUAGAAAUGAGUGUGGUUGGGUUUGAUAUUGGGAACGAGAAUUGUGUUAUUGCGGCUGCAAAGCAGGGCGGGAUUGACGUAUUGUUGAACGAUGAAUCAAAGCGUGAGACUCCGGCUGUGGUGUCAUUUGGUGAGAAGCAAAGGUUUUUGGGUUCUGCAGGGGCUGCAUCUGCUACCAUGAAUCCAAAAUCAACCAUUUCCCAGGUUAAGAGGUUGAUCGGAAGGAGGUAUAAGGAUGUGAGGGAGCAGGAAGAUCUUAGGUUGUUACCUUUCGAGACUAGCGAGUCAUCAAAUGGUGGCGUUUUGAUUCAUUUACAGUACUUGAAUGACAGAUGGGAUUUUACUCCGGUGCAGAUUUUGGGGAUGUUGUUUGCACAUUUGAAGCAAAUGGCUGAGAAAAAUCUUGAAUCCCCUGUUGUGGACUGUGUGAUUGGAAUUCCGUCGUAUUUUACAGAUUUUCAAAGGCGUGACUAUCUUGAUGCUGCAUUUAUCGCCGGUUUAAGACCUUUGAGAUUGAUGCAUGAUGGUACUGCCAUUGCAUUAGGUUACGGUAUGUACAAGACUGAAUUUGCCAAAUCAGGACCCACUAAUGUCGUGUUUGUCGACAUUGGGCACUGUGACACUCAGGUGACUGUUGCGGCUUUUGAACAAGGGCAAAUGAGAAUACUGUCCCAUUCUUUUGAUCAGCACUUGGGAGGUAGAGAUUUUGAUGACGUUUUGUUUAAACAUUUCGCAGCACAAUUUAAAGAACAAUACAAUAUCGAUGUUUACUCCAAUACUCGUGCUUCUAUAAGGCUUAGGGCAUCGUGUGAGAAGUUAAAGAAAGUUUUGAGUGCCAAUGCAGAAGCACCACUUAGUAUCGAGUGUCUAAUGGACGAGAAAGACGUGAAAGGUUUCAUAACAAGGCAAGAAUUUGAGAAUCUGUCGUUGGAGUUGUUAGAAAGAAUUACUUUUCCUUGCUGUCAAGCUGUAAAUGACUCUGGUCUAAGUGAUGAUAAGAUAUAUUCUAUUGAGCUUGUUGGUUCUGGAUCUCGCAUACCAGCUAUUAUGAGAAAAUUAACUUCGCUCUUCCGGAAAGAACCAAGGAGGACUCUGAAUGCUAGCGAAUGUGUUGCUAGAGGAUGUGCUCUUCAAUGUGCAAUGCUUAGCCCAACUCUCCGAGUUAGAGACUACGAGGUUCAGGAUUCAUUACCUUUCUCAAUAGGGGUCCGUUCAGAUGAAGGUAAAAACAACACACAUCCAGAUUGUCUUUUUCCAAAAGGAGGUCCAUUUCCAAGUACUAAGAUGCUUACAUAUCAUAGAAGAAAUACUUUUUAUUUGCAAGUUUCCUAUGAGACGGACUUUCCUGCAAGAAUAUCACCUAUUGGCUAUUUCAUGAUUGGUCCGUUGCAAACCUCUGGUACUGAAUUAGCGAAGGUCAAAGUUAAAGUGUGCAUUAACAUCCAUGGAAUUUUUCAAAUAGUAUCUGCAUCACUUCAGCUUUUAGAAGAUGCCCACUCUUCAAGUAAUAAUGGUCAUUUGCACUCAGAGAAGAUGGUGGCCAACAGUCAUAUGUCGAAUGAUGCUGCUGAUCAUAAGUCUGCUGAUUCUAGCCCAUCUACUACUUAUCAUGCUGAUGAAAGGAGAAAGGGGUGGGUCAGGAGGCAAAAUGUUGCCGUUUCUGAGAAAUUCUACGCCACGACAACAAGAGACGAGCUACGUCAUGCACAAGAGACAGAGCAGAAGUUGGCAUAUCAAGAUAUGAAGGUGGAACAAACGAAGGAGAAAAGAAAUACCCUCGAGUCUUAUGUUUACGAUGCUCGUAGCAAGAUUUUGAGUUCCUAUCGGAGCUUUGCCACAAGUAUGGAGAAGGAUGGAAUCUCUAAAAGUCUGCAAGAAACGGAGGAAUGGCUAUAUGAAGAUGGUGAUGAUGAAUCUGAAGAAGUCUAUACCAGAAAACUUGAAGAUCUCAGAAUGUUAUUAGAUCCGAUUGAAAACAGAUACAAAGAUGAAAAGGCUAGAGCACAAGCGAUCAGAGCUCUGCAAGCUUGUGUUGCAGAAUAUCGUUCAGCUGCAGAUUCACUACCCCCUAGCCAGAAAGAGGAGGUUAACAGAGAAUGCAAUGAAUCUGAGCAGUGGUUGAACAAUUGCUUUCAACUGCAAGAGUCAUUGCCCAAGAACGUCGAUCCCAUAUGCUGGUCAAGUGACAUUAAUGAAGUAACGAGAGUUCUUGAGAGGACAUGCGAACACAUAAUGAGCUCCAAAUCUUCAUCCCCGAAGUACGAUGACGCCACCAUAAACCCGGACCAAACGGACGUCCCUGACGACAUGCAAGUAGACUAAUGUCAUAAAUCUCUUUCGGUUGGCGGGAUCAAACACACGAUCUGUAAAGUUCAUGGAUGGUGGCUUAGCCAAUUAAGCUACGUUGACUUCCACUAUUUUGUCGAGUGAACAUCACGAAUCAUUCGUAGUCGGGAUUUUCGGAGGUAAAGAUCAAACGAUAUAUGCUAUCUUUUGGCUUUUAUGAUCUUUAGCGUCGUUUUUGGUAACUUAGCGGUACAUCCGAAAUGUCGAGUAGAAUGGUUCGAUUUGGAAUAUUAUAGCAAUUUUCGUUCUUUGUUCU